CCCCUAUCUACACGACACUGACCUUUUCAUGGUAGAAUCUCGAGCUAUACGUCUGCAUCUGAAUUAGACGAAGUUCUCGAACACCAUCCAGCAAUCACUUUAACCCAGACCCCCGCAUCGCCUACUUCAUCCGUCAUGGCGAACUUCGACGCUAGUUCUCACGUCUUUAGCACGGGGAAUCUACCACGUUCGGCAUCACAAGCCGAUUUUGAUGCUCACACCAACCGGUCGUUCCCGGUUUCGGGGUCUGGACUUAAUAUUUCGCAGCGGGACUCUUGGUCCCCGGAGGGACUGCGCGAUACGAUGUAUCCCGAGGAUGACGGCGAAAGCGUCGAGGCAUGGGAGCAUCCGUCGUAAUUGGAGGACGCAUGGAAGUGAUGAUAUAUACGGGUGCUGUCCGCAGUGC